AUGUAUCAGGAUGUCACCACCCAGAUCCGUAGCACCGCUGACGACAUAGUGCUGGUGGAGAACAACGCAUCAGAGCUCCAAAAAGUUUUAGACGGAUGGGUAGCUGAAAUCGAAAAACACGGUCUACGAGUGAGCCGCACCAAAACGGAGCUUAUGGAAUGCGACUUCGGAGGAACUGAGGAGAUGACUCAAAAAUCGAUCGAGAUGUGGACCAUCGAGUUAAUACGUCUUAAAUGGAGAACGCUGUCCGGCGUUCUGUGUGAUAGAAAAGUGCCAAUAAAAACUAAGGGAAAAGUAUAUAAGGCGGCCGUCAGACCUACCAUGACAUACGGUUCCGAAUGCUGGGCAACUUUGAAGAAGCACGAACAAAAGCUACACACAGCAGAGAUGAAAAUGCUCCGUUGGGCAGGAGGCGUGACGCGCUUGGAUAAAGUACGAAACGAAUAUGUAAGAGGUUCCUUCAAAGUUGCACCAAUAGCCGAGAAACUAAGAUGGUACGGGCACGUCAUGAGGCGAGACGAUAGCUACUCCGUAAAAACAGUGCUGAACAUUAGCACGCAGCGAUCAAGAGGCAGAGGCAGACCGCCCGCCACUUCGUGGUACACUGUCGAAAGGGACCUAAAAACUCAGAAUAUCCCAUUGUUGACAACCCAGGACAGACCGGCCUGGCGCAAACGCACAAGAAGGCCCGACCCCAAAUGA